CCAGCUGAAAGCCCUCAACACUGACAUGCUUCCUGGCUACCAGGAUCCUUACUCCUCAAGGGUUUUGACCAGAGGGGAGAUUGGAUGCUUUCUUAGCCACUACUAUAUCUAGAAGGAAGUGAGGUGGUAGGCAGAGAGAUGGAGAAGACCCUCGUCACUGAAGAUGACGUGCGCUUUGAGCAUCAGUUCAAGAGGAAGCUCACAAAGUUGAUGGAUGAUAUUGAGAGAGCCCAGCUUGACUGGGAGCUCAUUUACAUUGGUCGGAAACGGAUGCAGGUGGAGCGCCCUGAGAAGGCUGUUCCCAACGUCAUGAAUCUUGUGGAAGCUGAUUACUCUUACUGGACACUGGGUUAUGCCAUCUCCUUGCAGGGGGCUCAGAAACUGAUUGGGGCUCAGCCUUUCGGCAAGAUGUUGCCUGUAGAUGAAUUCCUGCCGGUCAUGUAUAACAAGCACCCAGUUGCCAAGUACAUGGGAUAUUACAAAACCAGGGACCUGAAAGCCUUCUCUGCGGAGCCUUUGCUGGUCUAUCCAACCCACUACACUGGGCAGCCAGGUUACCUCAGUGACACAGAGACCUCCACAAUCUGGGACAAUGAGACUGUGUCCACUGACUGGGACAGAACGCUGUCUCGAAAAACACGGCAGCAGGGCCAGAUCCAUACAGAUGCUCAGAACAAAGAUGCCUUGCCACCUCAGCCCUCUCUCAACCCAUCCUCUGCGAGAGAUGAACUAUGACUGCUCACUUGGCCAUGGUGCCCUGACAAUAUCGGCAGCAAGAGCUGAACAUGCCUUGUGCUCCAUCUUUUGGUCUAGGAACCUUCAGAGAUAUCAGUGUGCUGUGUGAACUGGAAAACAAGUCAAUGGGAUUUGACUGCCUGCAAGUAAAAGAAUAGUAUGGGGAGUUCAUCAACCAAAGUGGAUCAGGCUGGCAGACUUUGGAGAAAUGUAUUGACGGCAAGCCACAUUUUUGGCUCAAGAUAUUUUGGUGCCGCAAGGUAUCUCUGAUGAGUUCCUGGAAGACUUCACACAGCAGCAUGUUUCUGCUGAGAAUGGUUCCUUGAAUGAUGACUUUCUACAGAUCAAUGUGUAGAAUUACUGUAUUUAUAAAGAUUAAUAUAUGCAGGGAUUAGGAGAGGUGCACAGGAUUUUUCAAGUUGUGAUUGCUGCUGCUGAACAAGAAUUGUUGCUAGUUUUGUGGUAUCAACCAUGUUCUUUGAGAGGAGUAAAAGGAAGGGGACCUUGUUUUAUUUUU